GGACCCCAAAGAGCUCUAAGAAGAGAGGUCUUGGUAGCAGAACAUGAACAAUGAAACCUCAGUUUUCCGAUGUGGGAACAGAGUUCUGUUCCCAGGAAUCUGCCAACUCCAGAGCAAAGUUGUGGCCAUAUCCAUAAUAUACACCCCCUGGGAAAGGCUCUGCCAUCUCUGGACUGGUCCUUUUCCAAGAGAACACAGAAGAGGAGAGAAUGGCAGCUGUGCCACUAACAGCCAGAUGGCAGGACUUCUAGCCCCUAAACCUGAUGUGAUUUUACAGUUGAAGAGACGUGAAGAGCCGUGGAAACUUGAUUUUCAGGAAGCGGAAGAGAAACAAGUCCCAGGAGGUACUUCUUUAGACCAGAAGGCUAGACUUGAGAGCCAGGACUCAAUUCAAAGGCAGGAUGUUUCUGAAAAAGUAAAGUCAUGAGAGAUAUUAAUGGAAAAACUCAGAGAAGAUGGUCCUCUGGGCCCUGUACUUGGCCCAGAAAACCCUGAGGGCAUGAUAAAGGAAAAUCCUUCAGGGGAGACUUUGAAGAAAUCCUCCCCCAAGGAAAAGGACUCCAGGCAUAGAUCCACUCCUGCCAAGAAAACCAACAGUAAGGGGAGAAGCUUUGAAUGCAGCAUAUGUAGGAAGACCUUAUUCAACCACUUCUCCCGCACUUGCAAUCAGA